AGCCUGCUCACUCCAGCAGCAGAGAAACAAGUCAAACUGCCCCCAGUCCUUCCUCCCCCCUAGAUAGUCCAGACCCUGUUCCUCCCGGGCACAGAUCCUUUCCUGCUGCCUCCAUGAUUGUGGCACUGGUGUGGACUGUGGGCAUGCUGAGCCUCACCCCCCUGGUCCAGGCUCAGCCCUCGGCCUGUCGUCCCCCUGAGGCCCGGAUCCUAGACAACUCCACAAUGACCAAGUUGACAGGUCAGUGGUUCCUCACGGCCGCCACCCUACAUGACUCCAAAUUCAGGGACAUGUUGAAGGGGGUCCAGACCUCGUCCAUAUCCCUGUAUCCCAGCCUGGCCAAUGAUAAAUUCCGCAUGAAGUUCUACAUCAGCAGUGGUGGCAUCUGUGUGCACAACCAGACUAUCUUCUAUGUCAACCGGAGCAAGAGGACCUUGUUCCGGAAGAUUGGCGGCAAAGAGUACAGCUCUCAGCUCCUGGCCACGAACAUGGAGGACAACUUCAGGCUGCGAUUCCUGGGGGAGGAAGAGGCGGUCGGAGGACUGGCUCUAUAUGCUCGAAACAGGACCCUGAGCCAAGAACAGCAGGAGGAAUUCCAGGCCCAAGCCUUGUGUGAAGGAUUCAGCAGAAAUGAAACCAUUUUCUUUCCGACGGAGGAGGAUGUGUGCCAGCUGGUGGUCAGAAACGAGGAGCUGGAGGAGAAGGAAAAAAGGAAGGAAAAGAAGGAACAGGAAGAGCAGCCAAGUGCUUUCCCAAGUGUUUAGUAUAGUGCUCUGCAUACAGUAAGAGCUCAAAACCAUUAAUUGAGCCCAUGGGAAGCAAAACACUUUAGCUGAAGAGUUACAGUGGGGGUGGGAGAUUCUUCUUUGACUUCCCUGCUAGGCCCCCAGUCCCAGGGUGGUGGUCAAUAAAUUUAUGUGCUGGACUA